CCAAUGGCAGGAGGAGCGAGCCAGAGCAGAGCAAGCAAGGGAGCAGGGUAGGGUUUGAUUUGGAUGAGCAGUUGAAUCAGCAGCAGCCAGGAGGAGCAGCAGGAGGAGCAGCGGGAGGAGGAAGCAGUGGAGUUUUCAAUGGCUGAUUAGGUUGGGUUGGGAGAGAGACCCUGGCGAGAAUUGGCGCACCCCAAGCAAGAACGUGUUCAAUCCAUGCCCGGCUUGCAAGAAUCUCCAAUGCCUCGCAUAGCCAAGCUACUGACCUACCCCGUGGUGUCAGACACUUGCCGUCCUCUCCCUCUUCUACGGCUCUAGGUCGUGAUUCACGCUCGCUUUCUGGAGCUAGUAACUCGAAUUGCCAGAGCGACCAGCGCAGCCAAGGCUUACAGUUGCAGGAGACUUUUAGCUACAGUGAAGGAUUUUGACUUAUACUUAUCACUUCAGUGAAUACUUAUCUCUGCAGUGAAAACGUAUCGCUGCACUUAAUAAUUUAGAUGCACUGAAUACUUAUGGUUGCAGUGACUACUUAUCGUUGCUGUGAAUACUUAUCACUGCAGUGAAUAAAUAUCGCAGCGGUUAUCGCUCCAGUGAAUAAACAUCGCAGCGGUUAUCGCUCCAGUGAAUAAAUAUCGCAGCGGUUAUCGCUCCAGUGAAUAAACAUCGCAGCGGUUAUCGCUCCAGUGAAUAAAUAUCGCAGCGGUUAUCGCUCCAGUGAAUAAGAAUCGCAGCGGUUAUCGCUCCAGUGAAUAUUAUCGCGGCGGGGAAGCCAUGGACGACCUCACUAGCGUCGCAGCGUUGUGCGACGCCUUAUCGCAGCAGCCGUGCGACCAGCUCAGUGCGACGCUAAUGCAGCAGCUUACUGCGUCGCCGUGCGACCAGCUUACCAGUGCAACCCCAAUGAACCUGCUCCAGCCGUCGCUCCUUCCGCAAGCGCCGCUCGACCAAUUCGGCCCGUCGUUUCCUGGAAUCGACGGCUGCACUUGGUCUCAAGACAAUCUGGACGGCUCACAGCCCUGCACAAUGGAUUUGGAGUUCGACGCCGCUUUGGCUGCGAUGAUGGCGCAAUCCGCGAAAAAGAACCCCCCCUCCGCGGAAGGUCUUUGCGCAGGUGUACCAUUACCGCAAGCAGCCUCCGCGCACGCCUCCGCGCCUGUCGUCGCGGCACCGCGUAAGGAGUUUCCGCCGAUGUCUGGCGCAAGCGUGGCGGAAUCUUUUGCGUGGGCAGCCGCGGCUGCGGCGGGUCCCGCGCGAGCGGAGCAAGCAGUAACGCGGGUGGAAGCUGGAUCUCUCGCGCACGGCGCCAGACCCUGUUCCCUGGGGGCUUUAACAAAGUCGCAGCUAGAAUUUAUGGGGGAAAUUACCCCGGAAAUGGAAGCAACACUGAGGACUUCACAGAUUGGCGUCAGUGCCGCUAAUACUGUAACGGCGGGUGCUGCUGCUAACACUAGAUGGCUGGUGGAUAGUAGCGGUGUUAUGCCUUACGCUGACGCGGUUUCAGCAGCGGAGUCUGGCAAUGCGGAGCUGCUGCUGAUGCUGGUGCUGCUGCAACAGCGCAGUGGAAACACAACAGAGCCAGCAGGUAGGAACGCGCAGGCAGUCGAGACUCCAGCGAGUCUCGCCAAUAGAGGUAGCAACGGUGGUCGCAAUGGUAGUAACGGCGCGUAUGGCAGUGGUUUUGGCUGUAACGCUGGUCAGAACCGUGGUGCGAACGGUGGUAUUUCCGGUGGUGCGAACGGUGGUAUGCCAGGUGGUUGGAACGGUACUCCCGGUGGUGCGACCGGUGGUAGCAACGGCACGAGCAGCGGCCGCAGUGCAAUGCACCCGUUCGACGUGAUGCUGGGAAUGGAGCGACCGAACCCCGUGAAGCCGACCCCGCAGUCGCGUACCAUCGAGCCACAUAACUCCGCGCAAGCAACUCGCUCCAUUGGCGUUGCAGCAGCAGGCAGCAGUGACCUUGCAGGUAGACCAGGCUGGGUGGACAGAGGAGGUCAGGCGAACGGACAGGCGGCAGGAAAGGCAGCAGCAGCACCUGCAGCACCCACAGCAGCAGCACCCGCAGCACCCGUAGCAGCAGCAGCAGCCGCAGCAGCAGCAGCGGCAGGCAUGGCAACAGUAGCAAGCCACGUGGAUGGGGCGGAAUCGGAUGCUGCAGUCGGGAGGCUUCUGCUGGAGUGGGUCGCCAUGCACGGCCCGCCCGUUCCCCCGCCUGCUCCGCUGCCUGUUCCGCUGCCUGCUCCGCCAGUCAUUCCACCCCGCCCCAUUCCCCCAGCCUCAGGCCUCCUUGCCAGUCCACACCGGGAAAAGGAGGGAAGCGGUAUGAGCGGUUCUGGGGCGGCGGAUUUAGGGGCAGGGAGGGGUGAGCGGAAGGGGGGAUGUAACGGGGCUGACGGGUCGACAGAGGCACCAGUGACGUCAGCGGAGGCAGGGGUGAUGUCUUUUGAGGCAGCAGCGCAGCAGCUGUUCCGAGCCACGGCGCCUGCUCCGCUGCGACGGGGGCAUGAUGCCAUGGCGCCUGCUGCGCUGCUGGAGGGGCAUGAUGUGGCAUGGGGGGGAGAGGGGAGUGGGGCUGGGGGAGGAGCACAAGGGGAGGAAGGAGUGUUCGCUUGUGUCUCUAUGCCGGCCUCAAAGGACGCUGUUGCAGCUGAUGCUGCUGGCGGUGAUGCUGCUGUCGGUGAUGGUGCUGGUGCUGAUGGUGCUGCUGGUGCUGCUCGUGCUGGUGGUGCUGCUGGUGCUGCUGGUGCUGGUGGUGCUGGUGGUGCUGGUGGUGCUGGUGGUGUGGAUGCUGCACGCUGUGCUGCUGCGUUGGAACAUGAGGAGGACGAAGGAAGCCGGAGGCGGAAUGUGGAAAGCAUCAAUGGGCCAGGCAAUAACCGUGGCGGAAAUCUGCUGCUACAGAUGAUACAAGACAUGGAGGAGCAGCAGCAGCAGCAGCAGCACCAGCACCAGCACCAGCAGCACCAGCAGCAGCAGCAGCAGCAGCAGCAGCAGCAAGAGGAGCAAGUGGAGCUGAAGCACGAGCAAGAGGUGCAGCAAGGAUAUCAAGAGCAACGGCCGUGUCAUGGGGAUGUGGCGCCAUGGGCUGGUUUGAACGGUGGGGCAGUAAUGAGGACGUUGAGUGCGGUGGGCGUGGGUGAGAGCAAUGGCAGAGUGAUGCAGCAGCUGCAGGCGAUGCUGGACGCGCAGAGGGAGGACGAGAAGCGGCAGCAGAGCCAGCAGCAGCAGCAGCAGGAGGGCCGGCUCCCACUCCUGCAGCAUUUGAAGCAACAAAUCCGGAAGCAGCAGCAGCAGCAGCAACAGCUGCAGCUGCAAGAACAGCCACCCCCCCAACCACCCACCCAGCCUUUCUCCCAGCUCGGUGCCCAAGCAAGGCUUGUCAACCCCCUUCCAGCCCCCGAGCCGCUGCCUAUAGGCCAGGUGGGAGGGGUAAGAGGCAGGGACUCGGAUCCCUCCGGCCCACCGUUUUCGCCCUUCAAGCAAGUGCGGGUGCAUUCUCAGGUGACUCAGAAGUCGCCCUCCAAUGCAGCUCUGCCUCUUCACGAAUCAUCCCUUCCACAAAGGACGAUUAAAGCACCUUCCGCCAAGCUGGCCCGCCGCGCCCCCGACCUGUCAGCGAGACUCAAGUCCCUCCUUGGGAGCAUCAGCACCUCCCCUCCUGCCAACCAAUACCGCCCUGCCACUUCAGCAGGCGAUGUGCUGUCAGCGUUACCGGCAGCAGCAGGAACGGCAGACAUUUUACGAGAGCGUCUGUCAAGUGACCCUGUGCCGGCGGCUGCUGCUGCUGCUGGUGCAGCUGGUAUGGGUUCGGAAGCAGGUUUGGGAGUAGGCUCGGCAACAGGUCAGGAAGCAGGCAGGCACAGUGUGACUGAUCCGGCAGAAGCUGGGAGCACGGCAGAGGGGAGCGAAGAUGCUUAUAUGGAGGGUCAGGAGGACGGGGGAGGAGACAGAGUGACUGUAGGGGGCGCAAGCAUUGCAGGGAGUAUGGUUGGAGGGGGGAUAAUCGGAUGCGGUUUCUUCGGAGCCAAUGCAAGCCUGGACUUCCCAAAAGACUCGCAGUAUGAGCACUGGCAGGAGCAGGUGGGGGCGUGGAUGGCCGCAGGUGUGAUGAAUGGAGGGAAGCAGCAGCAAGGGCAGCAGAAGCUGAGGCGCAAGCGAGGGGGGAUGAGCCUGGAGCGGCAGCAGGAGGAGGAGAGGAGGCAGGAGAGGAAGCUUCUUCAGAAAAUGCUGCAGAUUCUCCCGCACAGGCAGGCUCACCAGCGGCUGCUGCAGCAGCAGCUGCCGCUGAGACAGCAGCAGCUAAAGCAAAACGGCAGUGAUAAGAAUCUGAGCAGCAACAGCCCACGCAGCAGAAAUGACCAGCGAAGCAGCAGGAGCAAGAGCAGCACUAUGGAAGCAUCUUCAGCUGUGCUCUCCAUCCCCAGCCGACCACUGAAACUGGAUGUUUCUGGGCUGCUUCCUGGCAUGGUGGACGGGGGGAGGGAGAGACAGCUGUGGUCGCAGCUGUCCGCCCUGGCUGAGGCUCUCACCACCGACGACACGGUGCGCUGGCGCUACUUCAUGCGCAAGCUGCGGAGGGAGGCGUCAGCAGAGGGGGACACGCUGCAGCGCAUCGCCUUCCAUGCGCUCGCCGCUCUCAAUGCUCGAUCAGACGGCUCCGCCAUCCAGCAGUUCAACGCCCCCCGUGCUGUCUCUGCCGAGGGGAUCAUGGAGCUGAUGGGCCAUGACAGUGCUUACAGCGUGCCAUCCUUUAUGGAGUACAACUAUGCAGCGCAGGUGCAUGAGAUUACCCGAGCGUUCAUAGAGCCUCACAAUGACCGACCCCUCUCCUCCUCACACACCUCCUCCCACCCCGCCUCCUCGCUCUGCAACGCCGCUGCACCAGAACUGGGUACAGCAGCAACAGCACCAGAACCAGCUACAGCAGCAGCAGCAGCAGCAGCAGCAGCAGCAGCAGCAGCAGCAGCCGCAGCAGCAGGGGAGGCAGCAGGUGGAGGGGCGAGCAAGAGGAGGUCGGUGCGGCGGCGGCGACUGCACAUCAUAGCGCUAGGCUUCUAUGCCGGGCCCAACUGGGUCAACAUCCUCAUGCGCCUUGCCGCCCACUUCUUUGGCCCCACCACCCCGCCCACUUCCCAUGUUCCUGCUGCUGCUGCUGCUGCUGCUGGUGCUGCUGCUACUGACGUUCCUGCUACGGCAGCUGCUGCUGCUGGUGCUGGUGCCACACCCUCCACUGAAACCAGCACCAAGACCAGCACUGAAUCUGCUGCAGUGCCACGUCCAGCCAGCAACCAGAAGAUCGAGAGCAGCACCCAGUGCAGGAGCGAGAGUGAGAACAUAGCUGGUGCCUGUGGUGGUAGCGGGCAUGGGAUGAGUGCAGUUGGCUCCACCUCGACUCGGGGUGCUGCUGCUGCUGCUCCCUCCUCCACCCAUUCCCCAGUUUCGUCCACCACUCCCUUGGGCUCUCCACCCGCUACCACUAGAUUUGCACCACCAACCUCCGCAACACCCUCUCUUGGGGGUCCCACGCCUGCUGGACCCAGCAAAGCAGCACCCCACCCUGCAGCUCCCUCCCCUGCAGCAGAUGCUGCAGCAGAUGCCAACACAGGCACCAGCACCCCAGCGUGGGAGAAGCCAUAUCCCUCAUCUCCCACUCCCCUGCUGAAGAUCACAGCCGUCGAUUUCAACACAGUGAAGCUGGCAUCUCAACGGUCAGGAUUGGUCCAUUUGGGAGGGCAGUACCUAGAACAGGUGGCCAGGAUGCUAGAUCUGCCCUUCUCUUUCCACGGCGUUGAAACCUCCCCAGAGGAUUUCCACCCAUCCAUGGUGGAAGUAGAGGAAGGGGAGGAGGUAGUGGUGCUGGCCAAAUGGUCCCUCAACCUCUUUCCGGAUGAUUCAGUCCUCCGAUCCAACCCCCGAAACGCCAUUCUCAAGUGGAUAUCGGACCUGUCCCCCCUCCUCUUCCUCCACAUAGACCUAGAUUCUGACGCCAACGGCCCCUUCUUCCUCCCGCGCUUCCAGAACGUCGCACGCACCUUCGCAGCCAUCGUCGAGUCGCUCGACGCGUGCUUUCCACACGCCGCCGCCCCGCGCCUGGCGUGUGAGUCCUUCCUGGCGCACGACAUGAUGAACAGUGUCGCGUGCGAGGGCACACACCGGUGGCUGAGAACAGAGCGGCUGGAGCAGUGGAGGAAGAGGGUGGAGGCGGCUGGGUUCCGGCCCAAAUCGAUGCAUCGGGACACUGUGGAGGCGAUGAGAGCCGCGACAGAAGGGAGGGAUGCGCGGUUUGAGCUGAAAGUGGACGAACGGUGGUUCGGGGCGUCGGCGGAGUUGAGGUGGCGGGGCACGCCCACCGUGUUUGUGUCGGCUUGGCACUGACUGCAAGAGAGGGGGCCGGGGGGGGGGGAGGGGGGGGGGGGGGAAGGGGGUAAGGGAGGGGGAGAGCUGGUGUGGUGCUGGUGGCUUGCCCGCUGGGGUCUACCGCCCACCUGAUGAAGUCGAUGUUUGGGUGAAUGGAGUCAGGGAAGCUCUGCGAAUGCUCUGGCUUCCAAGCCCUGCUUACAGUAAGCAUUCCAAGCUCUCCGCGCCAUUUUCAGAAGCCUCAUGCACUGAGCAGAGGGUACGCACGUAUUCCACACAAGCCGUUGUUUUUGUUCCAUGUUCCCCCUGCCAUCCCUGACUCACUAUGUCAGCCAUAACGUUUUGGUGUAAGGGAGUGCAUCACCUAACAGCAGGUAAGAGUUGACUACAUGUCUGCACUAGUGUUCUGCCCAUCUCGCACCAUAUUUCAAGUAUUUGUGCUGUUAUUAGGUAACAACUCUAUGAAUAAUAUUUAUGAUGAAGUAUACUCCAAGUUCCAACAUAU